UUUAAACCGCACAGGUGUCCUUGUAAUUUUAAGAUGAUGGAUACAGCAUGAAAGUUUUUAAAGUAAAGGGUGAAGAAAUGGAAGAGUGGUACUUAGAUGGGCAGAAUGAGGUGUCGCUUUAAACAUAUGUGUAUUGUGUUGAAAAAAAUCAAAGUUUUUCAGUUGUUUUCAGUAAGUUGAGCGGUUGCCUUGGAGAUGUAGCCCUCUGACUGGUUAACAGGGUUAGCUAGCCGUCUGCUUUGCGCUAAAAAUUCAUAUUCUCCUUCCAAUUUUAAUGUUUUGCGAGGAAAAUGUUUUAUGGACGCCAGGGCAAGAAUAAAGUGGAUGAACCCCUUUUUGUAGCCCAUGAUUGCGGCAUGGCUGCGAGCUCGUGCUUGGCUGCGGAGGACGCGCCGCGUGCCCGCAGGACUCCUCCGGCCGACGGGACAGUAUGUCAGAAAAGAAACCGCCAUCUGGAGGAACUGAGUGAGGAGCUGCACCGGUGUAUCAUGGAGACCCAGGAAAUGCAGAGGGAGGUGGAGCGUGCCACCCAGCUCACCUUGGAGGGGAUUGGACAGACCCCAGCGUUGGGUCCUCUCCAGUUACAGCCCUUAAAGGUCAGCCCUGCCAUGCCAGAGGGCCACUUCGCCCAGGAGGGUAAAGAAGGCCGCGUAGAGCAGACCUCGCCACAGGACUCUUUGUGGCAGAUGCGCCACAGCGAGGACCACAGGCUCCACGAGCAGCAGGAGCUUCCGCUGCAGCAGGCUGUGGACCGGCUGCAGACCCAGCUGCAGGAGGCUCGGGCGGAGAGGGAGGUCCUUGCACACUGGAGUGCCAUGGAGUCCCGCAGGCAGGCGGAUGCGCAGGAGGACCUCUGCCGGAAGCAGGGGGCGCUGGAGCGGGCGCUUCGAGAGGUGGGCGCCGCGCUGUCGGCACGCACAGGCCGCUGCGACAGAGUGCCGUUUGCGGCGCCGGGACCGGAUGACGGGAGACAGCUGGGUGUCGCCGUGGAGAUGGUGCAAAGGGACCUGGAGGCUGAGAAUGCCGGCCUGUGGGCUAGACUGCAGCCCUUGGAAGAACAGCUGGAAGUGUUGAGAUCUGAAUGUCAGGAAAAAGCAGUCCGUCUGGUGAAGGAGAAGGCGGAGAGGAAACGGACUGCAGCUCAGAUCUCUGUGUACCAGAAGCAGAUUAAUAAUGUUGAGAACCCCCUCUCUGCUGUACAUGCCCAGAAGGCACCCUUGGAGCAGACGGGGGUGCUACAGCAACGGUUAUUUGAAGGUCAAGCCCAGAUGAAAGAGGCCCGGGUGAUCAGGGAACCCAGUGUCCAGCAGGUCCAGGAUCAGUACUGUCAGCUGUCCCAGCUAAUGGCGGAUCUACAUCAGACCCAGAAGGAGCAGAACCAGCUGCUUUGCGAGCGAGACAUGGCACGCACCUCUGCCUUGGAUGCGCUGCGAGAGGAGCUGGACCGGCGCCACCUGGAGGCCAAGCAGCUGGAAGCGCGGGCAGCCUCCCUUAAGCAGGGUCGUCGGCAGGAGCUGGAGGCAGAGCCCCGUGUUUUGGAGCUGCAGGCAGAGAGCGCAGCCCUGCGGUUAAAGCUGGAAGACAGGGAGGGCACAGUGAAGCAACUGCAGCUGCAGCUGGAUGGUCUCGCUCGGUUAGCCGAGGGGCAGAGUUGCAGCCUGGAUGCCAUGCAGACAGACAGGAGCCACAUGAGUGACCAGCUGAAUCAACACAAGCUGGAGGUGAAGCAGGUCCGCUUGGAACAGCAGGAAUCCAGAGCCGCCGCCUUAGAGAGGGAGCUGUGUGAAGUGCAGGCCACCCUGAGGGAGAAGGGUUGCAGCCUGGAGAAAAUCGUACUGGAGAGGCAGCAUCUGGCCAACGAGCUGAAAGCUCAGAGCGUGCAAUUGGACGCCUUGAUGGAGGAGCAGGCGUCCCUUAAGCAGAGUCACGGAGCCCAUCAAGCUGAACUGGAGAACGCCAAUAUCCAUCUGAGGGCCCAGCUGCGGGUAGCGCGCAGUGAGCUGUACCACACCAAGAGGGCUUUGAAGGCCACGGAUGGAGCGGACAGACAUGGCCUGAAGGCGUCUGUCGCCAUGCAGCGGCAGAUCACCGCCAAGCGCCAGCAAAUCGACAGCCUCCAGAGCCGUGUCCAGCGGCUGGAGGAGACCUUGGACAGCCUGACCCAGGAGAGGCAGGCCUGGGUGGCAGACGAGCGGGAACGCAGCCGGCGCCUGGCCAGCGUGAGCGUGGAGUGGAGGUGCGUUCAGGCUGAGGUGGAGGCCCUGCGGUGUCUAGAGACGCAGCUCAGGGACAGAGUGGAAGGGCUGGAAACUGCACUGGGCAAGAUAUCUGUCAGGUUCGGUGAGUGCCAGGGUCAUGUGCAGCAGCAGGAGCAGGAGCUGGCCCGGCUGAAGCUCCAGCAUGCCCUGGACCUCAGGGAGCUCCAGGGACGGAACCUGCAGACAACUGUGCACCUGGAGCAGACAAAUCCAAAGAUUUUCUCACAUCCCUCAUUGUUGCCAACCAUCCAGAAAAACCCUUCGCAGUCAGAGGCUAACCGUGGUGCCCUAGCGGAGGACCCCACCUUCGAACUUCACUCAUUGGUGCAGGAGUUGCGCAGUUUGACAGGGGACGACAACAAGCCCCGCCCUCGCAGGCGGUCAGCUCCAGAUAGGCCACGCCCCUCAGGCCUGGAGGUUUGCCCCCUGCAUGCUGCUGAUUUUGAUGUGAGGAACAAUGGCUUUUCCUGCGAGGGAAGUGGUUUGCCAGAAACACCCUCAAGGGUCACCCCUUUACCGCAGGGGACUGAGCUCGGGUUGGACCAGGGCCGUCGAUCCCCUGUCUAUGCACUACUGACCUCCAGCCCCCAGAUCUCACUCUCGGUCACCAAUCUUGGCACCAGCAUGCCUCCACCCUGAUGGCUAAGUAAUGUCUCUAAAUGAAUUUAAUCCAUUGCACAUCGUGCCUGAUGAACAACGUAUAGGCUUGAGAUUGAUAGUUGAUCAGCAACUAGAGACUGACACUGGAGACAGGGAAUAAGCUGCAGAGGAACCUGGGCAGUGUCCAGAAUCUCCAGACCGAAAACCAGGGGGCGGUCCUCCGCUGGCUCCCCGUCGAUGGACGAGUACCCUGUGCCGGCUGGGCGUAGCCGUGUCAUGCAUACUACUUUGCGUUUAUGUGUGAGUCUCUAAGUUAGUACUGGCCUCUGUGCCACCAUCAAUUUGCACCAGAAACCUCAGAAUAUUUAUAAAACAAUGUUUGUCUUCUGUUGUAGGAGCUACAACUUUACUUUGAAAGUUUACAUCUAUUUAUAUAGCAGACCCAUAUGUCAAGAGCAAUAUACAAGUUAGGCGAGAAGUUGAGUCUUGAGUUCCUGUUUAGUUACUCACUCAAUUCUGCAGUGCGAAGGGCACUGAGAUGGCAUCCAUCCAUCCAUCCAUCCAUUCAUUCAUUCAUCCAUCCAUGACUGCUUAUUCAGUACAGGGUCCCCGUGACACACAAGCUUGGUUUUGUGUUGUCUUUUCCCCAAGGAAAUGUGCUACCAUUCGUCUACUGUGGUUUACUGAACCUGAAAUGCACACACAUUCCUUCACGGAUGUUUUAAUGCCAGGCAAAGAAGAUACGACAAGUAUUGGACAAGGACAGAGUCUUUUAAUGGAUCCGGUUCCUGUUGACAUUUAUAAUAUUUUCUUAAAACUGAAUCAUAAUCAUAAGGCAAAAGAUAUUUGAUUAUGAAAACUUAAGGACUGAAUGCCUUUUUUAGCAAAAUAAAUGCUUACAUUUUUGG